AUGUUGCCAACUAAAGAAACUCAUGAGAACGACCGACGAAUCUCUGAGUAUUGUUCAACAUUUUCUGAAGCAUUAACAAAUAUGGAUCAGAAUGAAAAGUCCUUGACAAUCAUUUUGUUGUUCUGUAUCAAGUUCUUCAAUAAAUAUGCAUCAUCAAGUAAACUCUCUCAAUCAAGUCAAAGAACUUUGACAUCAUUUUUUUCUCGAACAUCUACAACACCAACUCAAGGGGAACUAAAGCGGAAACUUAGUUCGUCAGAAUGUGAGGAAGGAGAUUCUGAUCCACCUUCUAAACUUCUGUUCAGUGAUGAAAAUAAAUCGCCUACUACUGGGACAAUAUCAUCGCCAACUAAAAAUACACCAAAUAUGAAACCUUUAUCACCAAUGAAUAAUCAUUCAUUCAGUUUAAUUGGUAAUACAAAACAUUUAUUCAAAUCUACAGAGUUAGAUAAAACAGCUGUAAAUAAAAUGUUAGCUGAAUGUCGACGAAGAUUAACUAAUCGAUCCAAUAAAAAUGUAUUAAAUUUAAUUCAAGGUAUAUCAAAUGAAUGGUUCGCUAUAUUAUUAGAACAAAUUGAACAUGAUAAAUUUCAACAGUUAGCUGAUUUUAUUGCUAAAGAACAAAAUAGUGGAGUAACAAUUUAUCCACCUAUUGAACAAAUUUUCUCAUGGACUAAAUUAUGCUUACCAACAGAUAUACAUGUUGUAAUCCUAGGACAAGAUCCAUAUCAUGGACCAAGACAAGCACAUGGUUUAGCAUUCUCUGUAUGUCGACCAGUACCAGCACCACCAAGCCUUAUCAACAUGUACAAAGAAAUUAGUUCAAGUAUGAAUUUGACAAAUUCUAAUGGUAACUGGCCACCAAAACAUGGUGAUUUAACUGGAUGGGCUAAACAAGGUGUAUUACUGUUGAAUGCUGUACUGACUGUUCGCUCUUCACAACCUAAUUCUCACAAAGAUAAAGGAUGGGAAUUUCUAACAGAUGCUGCUAUUCGUUAUUUAAAUAAAAAUCGAAAUGUAAGAUCAUGUAUAUUAACUACUUUUUUUGAAAUAUUUGUACACUGUAGGAUUGAAUUAUUGCCCAAAAGUAAACAAUUGUUCACUACUCGUUGAUUUUCUACUACUGAUGUCCACAGAUAUAAGUAGUAUGUAUCAUUAAACGAAAGUAAAAUGCCUGGUGACAGAAGGUUAAGAUCGAAGGAAAGAGAACGAGAGCAGAGAAUGAUUGGUGUGAAAACGAACAAACAAUCAAGUCUGAGACAAUUUUUUGACAUUUUGCCAAGGAUUCUCAGAUUUUACAAAGAUAUUCUGUAAUUUUGUGUUCAAAUUAUUAUUUUUAUUUUAUUUAAACGCAUAAAUAUUGGUACAGAGGGGCACCAAAUAUAUAUGCGCCACACAAAACAAUGAGAAUUUAAAGAGAAGGGAAGAAGAAAGGUAAGGAACGUAGGGAAUAUCUAUAUUAAAAAAAGGACAAAAAUGGGGGAAACGAAAAGUCACAAUCGGGAGAAAUCUUUCAGUUAAGGAAGAAGCAACCACUUUUUAUGAAGAAUGUAAAAGAAGGUUACAACAGGAUCGCCACUUGCUUCUAUUCUAAGCCAUAUCUGAUAACGUCUCUAGCCACUGUGUUACACCGUCUCUCGGACCCCAGCCACGGAGUCGUGAAGGACCAACAGAAGCUAGCCCUUUGCAGCUUUCUUUCAUACCACGACACCAUGUCAUAUACUGACCAUCUCUCCGCUUUUUCCAACCAGUCCCAGAGUCGGCAAAUAAUGCACGACGAGGAAUUCUCUGGGACGACAUUCUUAGAACAUGUCCAAGCCACCGAAGUCGGUGUUUCAUGAUGGUGACACCAAUGGAAUUAUCGUCUCUGUGUCCGAACACACGAUGCCGAACCUCUGCAUUGCUAACAUGGUGUUGCCACUGAAUGUCAGCAAUCCUUCGGAGACAACGAUGAUCGAACACAGAGAGUCGUCUAACAUCCUCAGCUCGGAGAGGCCAGGUUUGACAAGCAUAGAGCAGAACUGCUCUCACCGUUGCGUUGUAGAUCCGACCUUUUACAGCCAGACUAACAUCACGAAGGCGCCAAAGAUGGCCCAGAUUGGCAUAAGCUGCUCUGGCUUUCACUAUACGUGCAUUGAUCUCAUCACUCACGCCACCACCAGCACUUAUGCAGAUACCUAGAUACACGAACUUAUCGACUACUGAUAAUGAUAAUGAAAAUUAUGAUAUUCACUGAAAACUAUUGUGUUCAAAUACAUUUGGUUGUCCCCGCCUAUGUUCUCGUUCACUAUAUUUGGUGUUGCUGCCAGGACAGUCCACUCGACGUCACUUUUCCGUACCAGACUGUCUCAACUAGCAUCUCAUCUCAAGGCCCCACAACGGCGUCCAUAGAACAACACCCUCUCCACCUACUGGUUGGCAGCGACACCAAAUGUAGUGAACGAGAACACAGGUGGGGACAACCAACUAAUUAUACAAGUAAGAAGAGGUAAAAUUCAUCAAAUUAAAAUGAUUUAUUCACAUACUUCUAUGACUAUUUCCAUACUAUUUAAACAACAUAAUAAUUUGUUUUUAAUUUUCUAUUCUUAUGAUAAUGUUAUUUAUAGAAUUUAGUUUUUAUGCUUUGGGGUGCAAGUGCUCAAAAACAAGGCCAGUCAGUUGAUCGUAAACGUCAUUUAGUGCUUAAUGCACCGCAUCCAUCACCUUUAUCAGCUAGUCGUGGAUUUUUUGGUUGUGGACAUUUUGAAAAAGCAAAUGAAUAUUUAAAACAACAUGGCAUUAAACCAAUUGAUUGGACUAAAUUAGAUUAAUUAUUUUUUCUUUCUAGAACUAUUGUUCUUUUUUUUUCUAAUCACCCUUUAUCAUUUUAACAUAAUUCAUCCAUUUAUUCAUUGCAUUUUAUUAUUAUUGAAAGAUUUUUAUAUUGUGGCAUUUACAUUUUCUAGGUAUCUCAUAAAUAAAUUAUUUUUUCAAUUGUUUCUAGUUAUUACAUUAAUGUUUGUGUAAAGCGACUAGUCAUUUUUAUGAUGUUAGUUUGAGGGGGGGGGCGGUUUGUAGAUACUGUUGAAUUUCAUAGUUUAUCCUAUGAAUUAGUUAAAGAACUAUUAAAAUUCCGAAAGAAACAGACAGUUGUUUCAUCCUAGUAUAGGGCUUUGUAGCAGUACAUACCCAUGACCUAGUUACCGGAGAUCACACCUAGGUCCUUUAAGUCUGAAGACAGGCACUUAACUUGAUAUAAGUACUCCAACU